AAAAAGUGCAUUUGCCUGAAGUUAGCUCUGAAAAUACAAUUCAACAACCCAGCUUCAGAUUUUGCACGAAAAAUCCCAGUGAUUAAUUCAUUUCAGACCAGAAGACGAUGAUGAUGAUGAUGAAGAGAAGAGCUUCUUCUGCGGUGAUUGCUUCCAUUGCUCAGUCCGAGGAAGCAGCUGCUUCGUUAGGUACUGCUGCUACAGUUAGUUGUACUGCUCUUGCUUUAUUUCUCUCUGCAUUCCCAAGCCCUAAACCUCAAUUAGCUUUUUACUCUGCUAGUAGUAGUAAAAUUAGGUCGUCUUCUGGAAAAGCUCUGAAAUUACAAUCGGAAUUGAGGAAUGAUAUUAUUAAUAUAAACAGUCUCGAUGAUGCUCUGAGCUUAUACAAGCAGAUGGCUCGGAUGAGUCCUCUGCCUUCCGUUAUUGAUUUCACUCAAUUGCUGGACCGUAUUGUUAAGAUGAAGAAUCAUUAUUCUUCAGUUAUUUUCCUUUUUAGAGAUAUGUGUGUCAAGGGCAUUCCUGUUGAUGAGUACACCCUUACUAUAGUGAUUAAUUGUUACUGCCUCGUGGGCCGAGUGGAUUUGGGGUUUACUGUGUUGGCUGGCUUCUUUAAGCGUGGCAUUAUGCCCAAUGUAUUCACAUUCAAUACUCUACUCAAAGGACUCUUUCAAAAACAUAGGGUUCCCCAGGCACAAGAAUUGUUCAAAAAGAUAAUAUAUGAAAAGCUUUGUGAGCCCGAUGAAGUUACAUUUGGGAUUGUGAUACAUGGACUUUGUGAAGAGGGAAACACUCGAACAGCCAUUGACUUGCUCAGAGCAUUGGAAAAACAAGGAAGAUUUUGUAAACCUAAUACAGUUAUGUACAACGCUAUCAUUGACACCUUGUGCAAGGAUAAAAUGGUCGAUGAAGCUCUUGCCCUCUUCCAGGAGAUGAUUGAAAAGAGCAUACCCCCAAAUGUUGUCACUUACAGUUCUUUGAUUCAGGGUUUGUGCAAUUUAAGCAAAUGGAAGGAGGUUAAAGAGCUUUUCUCUGAGAUGAAGGAUUAUAAAAUUGUUCCAGAUGUUUUUACUUUUAGUAUAGUGGUGGAUGCUCUGUGCAAGGAAGGAUAUGCAGAAGAUGCUGAAGAGGUGGUGCGUAUCAUGAUUCAGCAAGGUCAGAAUCCCGACCUCGUCACAUACAAUUCCUUAAUGGAUGGGUACUGUUUACAGCACCGAAUAGAUGAAGCAAGGAGAGUUUUUGAUAUGAUGGUUGCUGGCAGCCUUACUCCGAAUCUCCAUAGCUAUGCUAUUCUAAUAAAUGCCUAUUUCAAGAACAAGGAAGUGGAAGCAGCCAUGAAUCUCUUCCAUGAGAUUCGACAUAAAGGUUUAACUCCUAAUAUCGUUGUUUAUAGCACUGUCCUGCAAGGGUUAUUUAGUGCAGGAAGGUAUCCUAUUGCACAAAAAAUUUUUGAUGAGAUGCAAGCUGCUGGCAUGAAGCCUGAUUUUUACACUUACUGUGUGGUGUUGGAUGGAUUGUGCAAGACUGGACAUGUCGAUGAAGCAUUACAAUUAUUCCACGCAAUGGAAGCUGAUGGAAUAGAUAUUUGUAUAAAAAUGUACAAUAUUAUCCUUGAUGGGUUGUGCAAAAGCAGUAGGCUCGUUAGUGCUCGAGGUCUUUUCAAUAAGCUCUCCCUCAAAGGAUUGGACCCUGAUGUCAAAACAUACACCAUAAUGAUUGCUGGCCUACUUUUAGAAGGUUUCAUCUCUGAAGCUAAAGAGCUUUUUGAGAAAAUGGAAGAGAGUGGUUGCCAGGCAGAUAGUGUUAUGUACAAUGUAAUUCUGCAGGAACUCCUUAAAGGGGGCCAUUAUGAUGACGCAAUAGUCUAUCACGAAGAAAUGGUUCGUAAAGGUUUCUUGAUGGAUUCAACUACUUUUUCCAUUUUGCUUGAUUCAUCUGCUGGAAAACAGAACAAUCCUUCUCUACUUAUGUCGAUGCUGAAGAUUGAUCCAGAUAGCAUGAAGUUCGGGGAUGCAGGAUAUAGAGGACCUUCACAUUAGUUGCAACUUUUUGAUCCUGCUAAUGUUUGGCCCCUAAACUUUAAUUUGCUAGAACUAACAUUAUUUGAGUUCACUUUUGAACUGGGCUUUGGAGGAGCUAUGUUGGUCAUAUUUUGUGGAAUCUCUCAAAGAUCUUGAGUCCUGGUGAAGAAGCCAAAGUCCCUCGGAAAGUCCAAUUGAUAAGUGUUGCAGUUUACAGAAAUCUGCUGCUGUUAAUUGGAUUGCUAACACUUCUUCUGAGAGACUUCUUGUUUAUCCUUUCAUGGAGAACCUCCAUGUGGCAUAUCACUUUAGAGAACCAACACUAGUGGAGUCAUACAACUACAGAGUACAUGAAACAGAGCCUGUCAAGUGUCGUUUCACUCAAGCUAAGAGGCCAAGGUGGAGUAGACAAUUAAGUGGCCUCUACAUAUAAGACGGGUGAAGUAGAGCUCGCUAUUCUCCACUGGAGGGGAGCUAAAACCCCUCUGGAAAAGCAUGAGCUAUUUAGACCAAAGAGCAUGAGCUUUUGUACUCCUCUGUAAUGAUGUGGGAAGCAAUGACACAAGUAAAAGGUAUGAGCAGGAUGAACUGGCAGCAAUGAUGGUAAAAGUUGGGGGGAGAGAAGAGAGAAGAGGGCCCCUGUUUUGUACAAGUUGUUGCAAUGUAACAUUCGCAACCUCUUUGAAAGCAAUAUUAAGCCAUUGCUUGAAGUAAUAUUGGUGUACUAAAAGGCGUGGGUUGCAUUCUAGAAUUGAAAAUAAUGUAGACUUUGCCCUACAUUAUGUGCUUUUACCUUGAUGCUUACAUUCUGUUGAGCUGCUAUUGAUUUUCCUGCAACGAUCAAACCUUAUUGCUGAUCCUUCAUAUCUGGUUCUUGUUGUCUUUACAGGUUUAUAUAUUUUGCAAAGCUGUUUUGGAUGCUAUUUAUUUUCUCACUUUGCUGCAUUUUCCUGAUUAAAUUUAGAAGAAGCCUUUUUUUUUUUGUGGUGUGUGUACUAGUUUGAUUUUUUUUUUUUUUUUUUAAUUUUUUGCUGUCUGUGUGAUUUAUAUUGCAUUUUUAGUCACUUGUUCUUACACAUAAGUCUUGGGUGAUUAGAUCAUGUUUUCAGAGGAAGGUAUGUCUAUGACAUGAGCUUAUGAACAAAGUAUGGUUAGGAACUAAAGCUAUGGUUUAUUAGUUGCUUGUAGUUACUGCUAAGCUGGAUUAUUUUCACAUGCCAUCAUAUUAAUCUGCAAGAGAAUGCUCUUUGAGUCUUAUGAAUCGAGAGAUUUAGUGGGAUUUUUUCCCCUCAUUUUACUGCUUGACACGUUAAUUUUACUGCCUAUGGAAUAUGGGUGCUCAUUUUUUAUUAACUGUUUUCUGGUAUAUGAGAUGCAGGUUUUAUAGAAUUUGAAAACAGCAAAUGAAAGGCAGGGCUAAUCUGUUGUGGAGCUGGGGGUGCGAUUGUCUUAUGCUGUAUGACACAAGGUUGGUUGUGUACAAACUAUCUUCUGAAGAAAAGGACGUGAUAUAUCUGAGAGCAAAUGGUGAUACUGAUGGUCAUCCACAUUGCGUUACAGGCCCUGCAGCCAGGAUAAAGUUCCAAUCAAGGAUCUCAAUGGUGGCACUAUUGCAUAAAUUUGAUAGGGCUCUUAAUCGAGCAACCAAGAAGGGUAUUUUGGGGACUUCAGUUUUGGGGUGGUAACAAAAAGAAGUAAAUCAAUGAAAAAACCUAAUUCCACCCAAAAAAGGGAGAUCUGCCCAAUUUUUCAAACCUCUGUACAAAAAUGACUGCAAUUAAAUGCAUCUGAGGAGUUGGGACAAAGCAGGCUCAAGCUCAACUAGCGAUUGAGUUUUAAACAUCGUCGUCGUUGGCUCAAAUGGUUCAAAAAGAGGAAGCUUGAUUAAUGAAGGAAAUGAGGAAUACUACAACGGAGACAAAAUUGUGUGAUGCCACUGUUUUGAACAAUGUGGAAUUGUGAUUGCAUGUAUGGAGGCAAGCCCAUCAAGAAGGUUUCAUGGAUGCAGAAAUUAUGGGGUAAUUUUUUGUGUGUGCUAAGUUUAGGAUUUGUUGAAAUAUUGGUUGAAUUGUGACUAUGAAAUGGUAGUGAAUGCAGAAACAUGGUGCCCAUAAAUGUUUUUUGUGGUAUGAUCUACCCAUACCCCAAAAAAUGAAGAUUAUAAUGGACGCAAUUUUGAGAGACUUGAGAAGUGUUGAGAGAGAAAAUGCAUAAUUGAAGAUUGAAAUCAACAAGUUGAAGGCUAAAGUGAAAAUAUUGUUUUUGGCUUGUGUCUGUUGCUGCAUUUUGGUUCUUGUUAUACUUGGAGGUAAGCAAAGCAAGGUUUGCUAGAAUUGAAGAUGUUGCACUUGUUUUGGACACUGUAUAAAACUUUGCGGUUCAUAUGUUCUGGAAGUUGUAAUGCCAUACUUUUAAAAUGAAGUAAUUCCUGACCUUUCAUCUAGGUAAUGAUAAGUUUUGGAUUUGGAUUGUUCAGUAUUUGUAAUAGUUAUGAGUUCGAAGUUUAGUUAAGAAAGUUUUUGGUGACAAUUUCAAUGUA